UUUUCAGAUGGGCUCUGUUUUAUUCGCUUAUCCUCACCGACGCGUGACAACAGAUUCGUUUCUCUCGGAAUCAACGGUGGAGAUGGCUCUAUCGCGCCUGUCAUCCCGAUCCAACGGUCUCUAUCGCCCGCUCUCCUCCGCCGCCGCUGCCGUCGUCCUCCGCCGUCCGAUCUCCACGGACACAACGCCGAUGACUAUUGAGACCUCCCUUCCCUUCACCGCCCACAUCUGCGAUGCGCCUUCGCGUGCCAUCGAGACCUCACCGAAGGAGCUCCUCUCCUUCUUCCGCCAGAUGGCUCUUAUGCGGCGGAUGGAGAUCGCCGCCGACUCGCUCUACAAGGCGAAGCUGAUCCGAGGGUUUUGCCAUCUUUACGACGGUCAGGAAGCUGUCGCCGUCGGCAUGGAAGCCGCGAUCACGAAGAAGGACGCCAUCAUCACGGCGUAUCGCGACCACUGCAUUUUCCUCGGCCGUGGUGGGACUCUCCUCGAGGUUUUCUCCGAGCUCAUGGGGAGACAAGCGGGUUGUUCCAAGGGGAAAGGUGGGUCGAUGCAUUUCUACAAGAAGGACUCAUCGUUCUACGGUGGUCAUGGAAUCGUCGGAGCUCAAAUUCCGUUAGGCUGUGGAAUCGCGUUUGCUCAGAAGUAUUCUAAGGAUGAAGCCGUGACUUUCGCGUUGUAUGGUGAUGGCGCUGCAAACCAGGGACAGCUUUUCGAAGCUCUGAAUAUGGCUGCGCUUUGGGAUUUACCGGCGAUUCUGGUCUGCGAGAACAACCAUUAUGGAAUGGGAACAGCUGAAUGGAGAGCUGCUAAGAGUCCAUCAUACUAUAAGCGUGGUGAUUACGUUCCCGGGUUGAAGGUAGAUGGAAUGGAUGUACUUGCUGUCAAACAAGCAUGUAAGUUUGCAAAGGAGCAUUCACUGAAGAAUGGACCCAUUAUUCUGGAGAUGGACACAUACAGGUACCACGGUCACUCCAUGUCGGAUCCCGGUAGCACAUACCGCACACGUGAUGAGAUAUCUGGUGUGAGGCAGGAACGAGAUCCGGUUGAAAGAGUGAGGAAGCUGAUACUAUCUCACGACCUAGCCACCGAGAAAGAGCUUAAGGAUAUGGAGAAGGAAGUAAGGAAAGAAGUAGAUGACGCCAUUGCUCAAGCAAAGGAAAGCCCGAUGCCAGAUCCUUCGGAGCUAUUCACCAACGUCUACGUAAAGGGGCUUGGCACCGAGGCAUUUGGAGCUGACAGAAAAGAAAUCAGAGCUACUCUUCCUUGAAGCUGAAAUCUUCUAAAGCCCUUUGAGGUGUAUAUACAUAAUACAUACAUAUAUAUAUUAUAUAUAUAUAUAUAUAUAUAUAAUAUUGGGUAUAAAACAAUGGUUUUAGAGAGUAAUCACUCUCCUUGCGCACAUAAUCCUUGUGUCGUUCCUUGUGUUUAUAUAUUAGGAUGGAAAGAAAUAUUUCAGUUCAAUAAAUGGUGUGGUUUGUCUUUA